AUGCCAGGCGAGAGAAGGUUUUUUACAAGGUACGCUUGCCAAAUUCAGCUACGUUUUUACAUGCCCUAUUAAUAAUUUUUUUUUCUUACAAUCUUUGAAAGUGAUAAGAAGAAUACAAUGCAAAAAAAAAUUAUAUAUAGCCCAUUCCCCGCCAGCUUGUGACUUUUUUUUUACAGCAAAAAGACCGUAUACAAAAAUAAAUCAAUUUUGAUCCCGCGCCGCUUCAAGAUCUUUGGUUUUUGUUGUCUUUGUUUCAGUUUUGUAAUGCAAAACGCUGUUCUCACAGUAGCUUUUUUUCAUUCAAAAAGUGUCCGUCUAACAUAUUUUUGGCGCUUUUAUAAACAUAUAAGCAAAUAGAAUCAAAAAAAUUUUUCGUACAAAUUUCGAUCAGAAUUGGACGGAUGAUUGAAUAUAUAUAUAUAUAUAUAUAUAUAUAUAUAUAUAUAUUGAUUUACACUGUUUGUAGUUUUCGAUUCUAACAGAAAGGUUGUUUUUCAGGGCUUGCGCCAAGAAAAAAGCAAGAGAUGCGCUUUACGAAGAUUUGUUCUCAAGUGUGGUCGAAAAAGCUUUUCUGACCCCCGUCGAGCAGGUAUAUUAUUUACACAUUUUUCUUCCAAAAAAAAAGAGUAUAAUAAAUUACAUAGGAAGACCUUUCUUGUGACGAGGCUCCGAUCAACGGACCUUUAAAGAGAAAAAAGACUAAAGGUUUGACCUGUCAAUGCGGCUCUCUUUUCGAGAAACACGCUCAGCUUCAUGAGCACAUAGUUUCUGAGGUUGUCUUUCGCACAACUGACUGAUAAAGCAGCCCAUUGCAGCACGGAAACGACGAUUUCGUUUCGUGCAAAGAAUGUGGCAUUCGGAGAGAGGCUAUUCAUCGCAAUAACGUGUGCCAGUGAGUAAUUUUUUUAAUUAAAAAAACUUUUUUUCUAUUUAUAUGAAACAUGAAAGCAACCUUUAAAUGGUUUUUCAUUACAUAAGACAAUAAGACACUCUCCGCAAUUUUUUUCUUUACAAUUUUAAUGAGAGUUUUAUCGAAAUAGAUCAAAAUUAUAGAAAAAAAAAACGGGGAGGUGAACCAAUAUAUACACCAUCUAUCCAUUAUGUCUUCAAAAAAAAAAGUUUUAGGAUAAAAAUGGGCGAAAACGGGGAGGUGAACCACUCAGAAAGUGCAAACACACAAAGUGCAUACGCAGAAUUCGAAAUUUCACAUACAUCACCCUUCGCAAAUGAAAACUCGCUAUUGUCGUAGCACCGAAAAAAAGAAUCUUGUGGAAGUGAAUGCGUAUUUUAAAAGUCUUAUAUCUAAGGCUCGGCGGGAAAGUUGACUACCUGUAUUAUUCACCUGGUUUCAUUUAUCACGCGUUCUCCGAGAGUAUCGAUGAGUUGCCAAAACAGUGAAGUAAUAAAAAUAAUGUUGCCUUUUUCGAGCUCAUACUUUCAUCACAGAACUACACCAGCUUUUGAAACUUUUAAUUGAGGUUUUGACAGCCUCCGCCCCUUUUGAGAAUUACUGUAGCGAAAACAUAAAAAAAAAUCGAACUUUUUUUUUUCCGUGGUCCAAAUCGAAUGGAACUUUUUUUCCAAACAAAAACCAGUAAGCUACUGAAUAUCGGUAAAAUUUUGAAUUCCAUGAAUGAAUUUUAUGAAAUUUUUUGAAAUUGGUGAGAUUUUUCAGACUUUCCCUCUCUUUGAGCUAUCGAACUCGAAAAUGAUUGAAGCCAAACUUUGCCUCAGAUACAUUCACUUAUAUUAUCUAACCGUUCCAGAUGUGACGGAUGUGUUUUUUAUAUCUCAAAGUCAGUUUUUCAACGGUUUCCCAAAAAUUCAAGUUUUUUUUUUGAUUUUCGUACGAAAAUAUUUUUCUCUGAGGUUUUCCUCCAGUUUUAUCAUUUCUCACAUUUCGCUUCUGUAAAAAACGCUCUAUCAAUGAAAAGCUACAAAAACAAGGCUUUUGAAGUGUUUCAUUGCUUAAAUUCCGUGAAACUUGCUUGUGCUAGCUUUAAUUGGUACUGUUGAUUUAAAAUCAUAUGUAAUGAUCUGAGGCAAAAUUUGGCUUCAAUAAGUUUCUAGUUCGGUAUUUUAAAAGGAGCAAAAAUCUGAAAAACCUUGCAAAUUUCAGAAAAGCUUGUAACAUUCUAAUUCGAAAUGUAAAGUAACUCCAGAUAAUGUCAAAAACAGUUUACUACUCUUGUAGAUCUUUUUUUGUAAAAAAUUUAAUGAUUUUCGAAGAUUUGGCUAACUUCGAAUUGGACGCGUUCAGAGUUGGAGGUCAACUGGAUCAAUUGAAACUGGAAAAAUAUGGACAAGUUUAAAAAGAAUAAAUUUUCACGGAUCGGGUGGUUCUUCCCACCUAAAAACAAAAAAAAUGCACGAUUUUUAAAGAAAAUUAACUUUUUUCGGGGUGAAAAAAAAAUUCAAAAGAAGGUAAUAUACAAAAAUGUUCAUUCUGAUACUGGCUUUCGUUUAAAAGAAGUUCCAUUUGAUUUGGAGCACGUAGAAGAAUGUAAAAAAUUUUUUCGUAUUUUGGCUACAGUAAUCUGAUAGUGAGGACUAUACCGCGCAUCUCAAGAAAUAUUCUAGAAGGUAAUUUGAAAAAAAAAAUGUUUCACACGUAUUUGUGCGAAGAACGCACUAUGAGGUUUCAGUAUUUGCGAGCUUUUUCGUUCUCAACUUGGAUGA